GCACGGGCGGCGGGGCAGCGCGGGCAGGCCGGCUGGCGCACGCAGGCAGCGCACCGGCGCGGCCGCAACGCCAUCAGAGCGCGACGCGGGGCGGGCGGGGGCGGAGCGCCGCAGCCGCGGGGCUCCUCCUCAUCACGCCGGCGCCCCGCGAGCUCCUGCUGCCGCGGCAGCCUGCAAGGCUUCCCCUCGGCUGGCUUAUCGCGGCCUCCGCUCCGCGCCACCGCCGUUCCUUUUCGCCUCCCCCCCACCCCGAAGCGCCGCACUCCCAACGGACACCGCCCCUCGUCCCUACGCCCCUCGACCCCGCGGGCGGAAGCCGCCGCGAAGCGCUCCCCGCUGCCGCCGUGUGCCCGCCCCCCGCGCCCGGCCGUCAGCGCGCGGCCCGCUGGUUGGGUGAGGCGCCGCGCCCGGCCCGCGUCAAUGACGUGCGGGACCGCGACGCUUCAUAAGGAGCGGGAGCCGUGGGUGGGGCGGGAGAACGUUCUAGCAGGUGUUGGCAGUCGGGGUGUCUGUUGUGCUGCGCGGCCCGAGCGUCUCGCGAUGACCCGUGGAAAUCAGCGUGAACUUGCCCGACAGAAGAACCUGAAGAAGACUCAGGAAACUCUCAAAGGGAAAAGGAAAGAGGAUAGCUUGUCUGCAUCUCAGAGAAAGCAGAGGGACUCUGAAAUCAUGCAGCAGAAACAGAGAGCAGCUAAUGAAAGGAAAUCUCUGCAAGCAGGAGCAAAAUGAACUGUGUGGGGAAGAUAAAAGUACAUCAAUCAAGGAGAAGGGCCUAGAAGAUCAUUCAUAAAAUGGCUUGCCAUUAAAUGAUUAAAUGUUUAUCUUGCAGCCUUGUUCAGCUAGCGUUAGUUUGUUUUCUGUUUAGUAUAGGCUUAGUCAUCUGGAAUGCUAUUUCAAAACUGACUGUAGUCUUCUGCAUGCAUAACGAUCGUACCUAGCAAUAGCUUUAUUCCAGCUAUUGCUGCAUUUGUAGGUUUUACCUAAUGUUUCCAGUAAUCUAUUUUCUAAAGCUACAGUUAGACCUGAUUUUCUUAACUUUUAAAGUACGUCAUUCACAAUGGAACACGCUAGUGAAAUGUGCUUAAACUUACUGAGGUCUAAACUGUAAAACUCACCAUAUUUUUACAAUAAAAUGUUGCAUGAAAUAUUG